AAGCUCCGCCCCUUCUGCCAGCCACGUUAAAUACUAAAACUUUGAGCUUUUCUGGAUAAAGAUCCACAAACGGUUUCAACCCAGAGACACUCAGAGGUGAUACUGCAAUGAAAGGGGCCAAGGCAGGCAACCCAAAUGGCAACAAUCGCAUCAAGGAUGUACCUCAGCCGUCAGAGGAGAAGAUGGAGGAGCGGGGUCAGUGGAGCAACAAGAUGGAGUUCAUCCUGUCGGUGGCCGGCUCCAUCAUCGGCCUGGGCAACAUGUGGCGCUUCCCCUACCUCUGCUACAAGAACGGAGGAGGUGCGUUUCUCAUCCCGUACCUGAUUUUCCUCUUCACUUGUGGCGUUCCCGUCUUCCUCCUGGAGGUCGCCCUGGGCCAGUACACCAGUGAGGGAGGAAUCACCUGCUGGAGAAAAAUCAGUCCCCUGUUCGAAGGCCUCGGCUACGGUACGCAGGUGAUUGUGACUCUGCUGAACUUCUACUACAUCAUCGUCCUCGCCUGGGGGAUCUUUUACCUCUACUACUCCUUUUCUUGGGAACUGCCUUGGGCUUCCUGCAACAACACCUGGAACACAGAAAACUGUGUUGAGUUCCAGAGGAGAAACUCCUCGGCAGUCCAAACGGUCAACCUGAACACAACCUCACCUGUUAUGGAGUUUUGGGAGAGAAAAGUGCUGAGGCUGUCCCCCGGCAUCCACCAAAUGGGCACUCUGAACUGGGACAUGGCCCUGUGUCUGUUCAUCGCCUGGGUCAUGUGCUACUUCUGCAUCUGGAAGGGGGUGAAAUCCACAGGAAAGGUGGUCUACUUCACCGCAACCUUUCCUUAUCUGAUGCUGAUCGUGCUUUUAAUCAGAGGACUCACUCUCCCUGGUGCCGGGAUCGGUAUUCAGUUCUAUCUGUAUCCUGAUUUGGGGCGGCUGGCUGAUCCACAGGUGUGGAUGGAUGCUGGGACCCAGAUCUUCUUCUCCUAUGCCAUCUGCCUUGGCGCUCUGACCGCUCUAGGAAGCUACAACAAAUAUAACAACAACUGCUAUAGAGAUUGCUUGGCUCUGUGCUUUCUGAACAGCGGCACCAGCUUUGUGGCAGGCUUUGCCAUCUUCUCCAUCCUGGGUUUCAUGUCUUAUGAACAAAACGUUCCCAUCUCUGAAGUAGCAGUGUCUGGCCCUGGCCUGGCCUUUAUUGCCUACCCCCGCGCCGUCUCCAUGAUGCCCUUCUCUCCUCUGUGGGCGGCACUCUUCUUCGUCAUGAUUGUUUUCCUGGGCCUGGACAGCCAGUUCGUGUGUGUCGAAAGCCUCGUAACAGCCAUCGUAGACAUGUACCCCUCUGUGUUUCGACGCAAGAACCGCAGGGAGCUCUUUUUAUUAGGGCUGGUCCUCUUCUCCUUCCUAGUGGGCCUCAUCAUGCUGAUGGAGGGGGGAAUGUAUGUUUUCCAGCUCUUUGAUUAUUAUGCAGCCAGUGGGAUGUGUCUUCUCUUCAUGUCCAUCUUUGAGACCGUCUGCAUCGCCUGGGUUUACGGGGCGGAUCGUUUCUACGACAACAUCGAGGACAUGAUUGGCUACCGCCCGGGGCCUUACAUCAAAUACUGUUGGUUGUUCUUCAGUCCAGCCACCUGCAUUGGGACAUUCGCCUUCUCCCUCAUCAAAUACACUCCUCUUAAGUUAAACAAUGUGUACAUAUACCCUUGGUGGGGCUACGCCAUAGGCUGGCUGCUCGCCCUUUCUUCGAUGGUCUGCAUUCCUUUCUGGAUGGUAUACAAGAUUAGCACCACACAGGGUACACUCAAAGAGCGCAUCCAGACACUCAUCACACCAUCCGAUGAUUUACCUAAAACCAAAAGGGAGCAGGAGAGGUUACUGGCCAUCUUUGUUCCUGAGGACGACUCGACCAGAACGACAAAUGGCUACUUUCCAGUCUCAGAGAGCGACUCCAACUUAUGAGGUCCUAUAAGAGCUUCAUUAGCAACAUGGGUUAAUGUAAGAAAUUACUUUAAACAACCAAGUUUUCUUAAUUUUUACUCACAAAUGCAAAAACUACAAAAAAGGGAAGUUGUAUCUUACCAACCUCAAUACAAAAAAUGUAUAUUAAGGACUCAGAAGAUACACAGCCAGUUUAGUGCUGGGUUUGGUGUAUUUGUACUCUCAUAAGGAAGGGUUGAAAUAAUUUCUAAAAGUAAUA